CUCCACCUAUAUGGGACAAGAUGAGUGAGUGUGUACCAGUGCACCAGACAGAUGAAGGAACACAGAGGCGAGCAGGUUGCAUCAGAGACCACACUCCCUGGUUCACAUCAGCCCAUGAAUGACCCCAUAGCUCUGAGGGAGACAGAUCCCUGCGGCUGCUGGACUGUGGCAGGUGGUGCUUCUAGCAGCAGUUCUGGCCCCACAAUGCCUCUAUGUGCAGAGUUGUCUCCCGGAGUAGCAGAGCUGGAGCUGACCUCCAAACAAUCUAGCUUGAGGGAAAGAAAGAAUUCUCGUUCUGGGACUGGCUGUUUGGGGAGUAGCACAAGCAGUCCUGCCAAACAGGGCAAGAUUGACAGGGCCAACUGUGAAGAUGGGGGAGAUGGUCAAUCUCCUGCCCAAAUAAAUGAGGAUGACGAAGCAGGCUACCAGCAACCAGGAACUGCUGCUGGUCUUCUUUUGGAAGCGACCUUAAGACCUAAGAAACGGAAGCUGGUUCUGCACAUUGAUUUGAACAACACCAUCCUGGUGUCUGAUGCAGUGACCAAUCAGGACCCCAGGGCAGCUCUGAAUUAUUACCUGAGUACUGUCACCUGGGGAAAGGUCAACCCUGCAGGCAAGUGGCAGUGGCUGAGCGAGUCCCCCUCGCUCCUCCCUCCCUGCCCAGGCGCCGUGAACUUCUACUCUCAGUUCGGCCGCGACACCGCCUUCACCGCCAAGCCUCUGGGCCAGCCGUUCCGAGACCUCCUCGUGCGCCACCUGAGGCUGCUGGAGUGGCAGGGCCAGCCUCACCCGACGUUCUCCAUUCCCAGUGAGCAGCCAGCCAAGCGCUACCACUUGGUGCUGCCAGCCUUCUUCCACCUCCUGCAGAGCCUGCACCGGGAAAGGAGGCACUUUGCCAUCAUCUUCCGCACUUUCGGCACGGACCUGCCUCGCGUCCUCCAGGCGGUGUGCUGUGCCCUGGAGGGGCAGCACCCCCAGUUCCCUGCGCUGCGGGACAUCCUGCUGCCUGUAGACCUCAGCCCGGGCAAAAUCCGUUGCAGCAAACGGAAGGUGAGGCUGACCCAGGGAGCAGAGCGACUCUCCACCGAAGAGGGCGACAGGGCGAUGUACACGUUCUUCAGCUCCAAGGAAGGCCUGUGUGGCUUCCAGGACCACUUUGACUGGUGGGCCAGCAAUCAGUGCUCCAGCCGAGGCGGGAAGCCCCUCUGGAUCGAUCCCCAUGACGCAAACAUCCAUCACAUCUGUAUAGAUGACAACAUUCGGCUAAACGAUUCCGACACCAUCGUCCAUCCUCGGAUGUUCUCCGGGCUGGGAGACACCAGAGCCCAGAUGAUCCCUACCUCGGAGCUGUAUGACAUUUGCCUGGUCCAGACAGACCUCCUGGAGGCCAUUGCCGACGUGAACUACUUCUGCCGCUGCAUAAGAAGGUGUGAGGAGAACUACGAGCACUACUUGGCCGGCGCUAAGGGUCCUGUUUAGCAACAGGGCUGCUGGGGGGGGGGCUCUCUAUGGAGGAGUUUUGGAGCCCUCUGCACUUGGUGGUGCAUGAUGCGGAGCAUGCAAAAGAAGGACGUCCGCUGUUUCUUGCUACAGGGCAUUCAUGUUCCCAGCUGGACUGCUGCUCUCUGUGUACGUCCCAGUGGAGUCGCUGCCCUCCUCGUAACCUCCCCGCUUGUACUCAGUGUAGGAUAUUCCAGAUGCUCCUUUGGAACUGCUAGCAAUCCCAUAAAGGACUCUCAUUCUUUGGCACAGUCUAAGCGGAGCAGCCAGAAGUGGCUGCUUUGGGGCUUUCCCCUCUUAUUUCAGACUUGUUCAAAAUCAGGGUGGUGCACGGUGACUUCCUUGCCAAGGAUGGCCGGUCCUUGCCUCCAAGAGCUUACCGCCAAUCCUCCUGUAUCUUGCCUGGCCACGGUGCAGGGGAUCUGCUGGUCUGUUACACACUUUCCCCCCAAACAUUAAAAUUGACCCUGACUGCUCUUGUUUGUUCGUUAGUUGUGACAACCGCUGACCUCAACACGUCUGGCACGGUGCUAAGCAGGCUCGUGGCAGGGAGACAUUUCAGGGGUGAAUGCCUGUGUCUGGGUUAAUUAAAGUCCAAAGGCCGCAUGGAUGUUGGCGAUUUAGGGAAUUCUCCAUCUGUGUUCCUUCCUGUGCAUUAACAAGAUCACCACAAGGUGCUGUGGACCUCAGAUACCCGGUUUGAAAGGCUCUGUCUGUCAGGCCUGGUCCUGCUCCCAUACUCACAUCAACGUGCUGAAGAUAUGGAUUGGAGGGUUCCACGCGGAGUUCGUUAUACACUGGAGUGAUUUGGGGAUCACUCUGCUGCACUUUCGGCUCCUAGCUGAGCCCACGUUUGAUUGCAUCAUCGUCAACUGGCUUCUGCAGUGGCUCGGUAAAUGUCAAGUGUGCACCAAGCUGGGUGUGCAGUGAAGCCGUCCCCGAGUGCCUCCCAGCCACGCCAAAGCCAGGCACCCAGUCAUAAAGAUCCGUUCAUGUGAACCGGCCCUCCUUCAGUAGGGCAUCUGCUGGCACCUGUCUCCCACCAGUGUUACAGCCAGGAAGUAGACUCUUGCGGGGCAGCUAGAAAGUGCCAUGUAAACAGUGCUUAUUGUUGAUUUGCUGUGGUUGCUGUAAUCGUGUUUGAAGCCAGUCCCUACGGCAGCACCCAGUAUCUCAAUAUUGCACAAGGGAUUCCUUUAGCAGUAUUGCACAAUGCCAGUCCCACACAGGGAAAAGCAGGGGCAGGCUGGUCCCUGCAAAGAAGACAAAAAGUGAAGCCUCUCUUAAGGCUGCAGUCGCUUUCCUGCUUUGCCGGUCUCCCUCCUGCCGGUCCUUUGGAAGACUGUCCUUCCCCUUUCUCUCAUCCCUGACAAGUGAAUGGCAGCUCUCUCUCGCCGAAGCCUCUCCUCAUCAAUUAUGAAUUCAGUUGCCAUCGAGACUGAGGGAUUAAGGCAGCUGGAGGCUCUGCUUUUGCGGCUCGCCGUGCAAGACACCUGUGCAGAACUGGCACUCCACAGCCUGUGGCUCUUGUGCAGUGGGAGGCUGCAGGGCUUAUGUUGGGAUGCCAUUUCUGAAGCACCUCCCGGUGUGCAGAGCCACUAAUCUAUUUGGUGUGUAUAUGCCGAGAUGAUGGAAUAAGUAUCACAUCUCUGGCUACUAACUUGUGAUUCGUAGCUGGAAAUGAAAAUGCAACACCUUUAAAUGUGAGAGGUUUUCUUCUUUCACAUACUUUACCCAUCUACCAUUAGGCAAGGCCAGCCUC